AGUAUUUGUUUAUUUCAAGAGUAAAAAGACGUGGAAAAUAAUGAAACAUUUAUUUGAAAUACAUAAUAUGACAACUACUUGUUUUAAAAAUGUAGAUAUUACACAAAAAAAUAAUUUAUUUGAUUUAGUACUUUGUGAUACUUGAUAUUUCACAUGAAAGUAUUUAUAAUCUUUGAUUUAGUAUUUGUAGGUUAACCCUCUGGUUGUUAUAAAGAUCUAAGAAAUGAUAUUGGAAUAAUGGUAUUUAAAAAUACAGUCUUAGAAAUAAGAUUUCAAGGGUAACACACCACUAACAAAGAUUUCUGACUGUAUUUUAUGGUAAAAUUGGUAGAAAAUACCAUAAAAAGUAAAAUGGAUUUGGAAGCCCAAUUAGACGAAGAUUUUUUAUUUUAUUUAAAUUUUACGAAUACUUUCUUACGGCGUAUCCAAAACGAAGAAAUUCUGAGGCGAGCUCAGCUUUGGUUGGAAAAAUUGAUCGGCGAACCGUGCGAAGGCGUCCAAAAAAAAAGAUGUCGCAAUAUUUACUUGUCCAAUCUGUUAGUCGGCAUGCAAAACGGCGUUUUGGAGAAACCGUUCACGGAUUCCGCUCGAGACGCCGAUAUAAUGAACGCACAUGACGUUUUCGGGCCGAUUCCAGACACCGUCGAACCUCCGGAAUGGUUGAACGACACCGAAAUGGACGUUUCCAAAACCGAGGCCGAUCCUAAGAAAGGAAAAAAAGGAAGAACGUACAUGGCGACCAGGACGUUACCGAACGGCCAAGGUGCUUUCGCUUACAUCGGUAUAUCUCUUACCAACGAAGAACCCAUGUGGUUGGGAGCCGGCGAAAGUUCUUUUGACCAAGGUUUAGCGGAACGAUAUAGAGAAAUGGUUCCCCCUGUAACUGAAAUGGAAAAAAUUCUCGCCAGGCGAAAAGAUCCGAGGGAAAGAGCGAAAGUAUUGAAUUUUUACGACGUAUUGAUGCAGCAUAUAGCCGAUGAGUUAGACGGUAAGGAAACAGCAGAAAACGAAACUAUAGAAGGUCUACUGGCACAACUUAUUCACGAUUUAACCGAUAAAGGACUUUACGAACAAUACGAAGCAAUGGAAGAAGGCGAUAGAAGAGUGGAAUUGUUGCUAAUAUUGUUCGAUAGAGUCAAAAUUCGAAGAGACAAAGUGGCUAAAAGAGAGGAAAUAUUGGACGACGUCGAAGAGAAACUAAUAGCGCCACAAUCUUUCUUCGACGUUUCGGAACCGACCCCCGAAGAUAAAUAUAAAUUACCGGCGGCCAUGUGGGAACAGAUGAUCGACCGAGCGCCAAAUAAAAAACUCAUGGAAAGACUGCUCCAAGCAUAUCCAUUACCCUUGAUCAAAAAAUACGUCGAAUACCUAUCGGAUUAUAAGGAAGUUAUAGCGCAAAGGAUGCAGAGGAGACACGAGAACGUCGUGAGUCAGAUGAAGAAGGAAUUGAGGAAAGAAGGGGAACGGAUGAAGCAAAUGGCCGAGGAGGCGGAAAGGGCGUGCGACAACGCGCAAGCCGUCCUAGCAGCCGUCAAGCUCCAAUACACCAAGAAAGUAACCGAAGAAAAGCGACAAGAGAAAGCGUCCGGAGCCGAACUACCGGAACAUUCCAAGAUGUACGAGAAGAUGAAAGAGGCCAUGUACAAUACCCAGAAGAAAGUCGAAGAGGAGGCGUUACGUGGAAAAUUCCUGGCGGCCCAAAUAAAUACUUUGAACGAACAAGCCGAUCAAAUGAUGAGCGUUACCGAUGACGUCAUUAGAAAAACCGAAGAGAAAAAUAUGAGAAUAUUGCGGAAUAUACAGAAACUGACGAUGGCUAUAAGGCAAUACGAAGCUCUCCUUCACGACAUGAAAUAUCGUCCUCAAACCGGUACCCAAUCGCAAGUUAGAUUCGAUGUUUGAAGAAUUUUAAUAAAUUUUCGUGAUUUUUUG